CCAGCUUUGGGAGGCUGGGAGGCUGGAAGGCUGUGGGGUUUCAAGCGUCUCGCAGCUGGGCAGUGUCUCCCACUGGGCACUCAGUCCGCGAUGGCCCGGCCGGGGUACGUCGGGGCCCUGCUGCUGCUGCUGUCGCUUCCCCUGCUGGCGGUCAAGAAGCAGGCCCAGACGAGGGAGCAGUUGGGGGCCUACGUGUGGCCGUGGCCGCAGAAGAUCUCCGUGUCCCCCAAUCAGACCUUCGCCCUGACCCCCAGCAGCUUCCACUUCCAGUACUCGGCCUCCUCGGCAGUGCAGCCCGGCUGCUCGGUGCUUGACCAGGCCUUCGUCCGCUACCUUGGCAUCAUCUUCGGGCCGGGGCCCUGGGUCACCCCCAACCAACCAGGACUGAAGCAAACAGUGAAAAGUUCGUUGGAAGUCUUUGUGGCUGUCCCUGGUUGUGACCAGUUUCCUGAAAUGAACUCUGUGGAGAACUACACCCUGACCCUCAGCGAUGACCAUUUCAUCCUGAAAGCUGAUACUGUCUGGGGAGCUCUCAGAGGCCUGGAGACUUUUAGUCAGCUCAUUUGGAGAUCUGCUGAGGGUAUGUUCUGUGUCAAGCGGACAGAAAUUGUAGACUUUCCCCGAUUCCCUCACCGAGGCUUACUGUUGGACACAUCUCGUCAUUACUUGCCACUGCAAGCCAUCCAGGAGACACUGGAUGUCAUGGCAUAUAACAAAUUCAACGUGUUCCACUGGCACAUAGUCGAUGAUCCUUCUUUUCCAUAUGAGAGUAUGACUUUCCCUGAGCUUAGCAGAAAGGGAUCCUACAACCCUGCCACCCACAUCUAUACAACUGGAGAUGUAAAGGCAGUCAUUGAAUAUGCCCGAUUGCGAGGCAUCAGAGUCAUACCAGAGUUUGACACACCAGGGCACACUUUGUCUUGGGGAAAAGGUAUUCCUGGAUUGCUGACGCCUUGCUACUCAGGGGCCACUCCUUCUGGAAGUUAUGGCCCAGUGAAUCCCAUCCUCAACACGACCUAUGAGUUCAUGACUUCAUUCUUCCAAGAGAUCAGCUCAGUUUUCCCAGACUUCUACCUUCACCUUGGAGGAGAUGAGGUUGAUUUCACCUGUUGGCGAUCCAAUCCGGGUAUCCAGGCCUUCAUGAAGGAAAAGGGCUUUGACCGCUAUGAGAAACUGGAAUCUUUCUACAUUCAAAAGCUACUGAACAUUGUAUCUUCCUAUAAAAAGGGCUACAUAGUGUGGCAGGAGGUGUUUGACAAUGAUGUGAAGCUGAGCCCAGACACAGUGGUGCAUGUCUGGAGAGAAUUGGAAACUUUACCUUAUACCAAGGAAAUGCAUGAAGUCACCAAGGCAGGGUACCAUGUCUUGUUGUCUGCUCCCUGGUACCUGAACCACAUCUCCUAUGGGCAAGAUUGGCAGCAAGCCUACAAAGUGGAGCCCCUGAACUUUGAAGGCAGCCCUGAGCAGAAGUCUCUGGUGAUCGGGGGUGAAGCCUGCAUGUGGGGCGAAUAUGUGGAUGUGACAAAUCUGACCCCCAGACUCUGGCCCAGGGCAGGAGCUGUGGCAGAGAGGCUUUGGAGCAGCCAGUCAGUGCAAGAUGUGACUUUGGCAUACGACCGACUGGCAUACUUCCGGUGUGAGCUGCUCAGACGAGGUGUCCGGGCCCAGCCUCUCUAUGUAGGCUACUGUGAGCAUGACUCUUUCCACCACUGAAUGGAGCAAGGUCAUCCUUGAACUCACCCUAGAUAUUUUGAUCACCCAGGGAACUUGGGUCAUGCCAGGCUGGUUCUCUAGCUUAACCUAAGUGGUGAGCAAACCUCUAUGUGCAUCCCUAAGGGCCCCCUGGUGGGGAAGGGGGUGGAGGUCAUGCUGUGAUUCGUGUACAUUAAAGGAUUUUGUGACAAAUUA